UCCAUUUGUUCUUUUCCACAGCCUUCGUGAAUUAUGAAUUGAUUACUUUGGAAAGAGCGACCAAAAUAAAUAAAAAGGCCGAAGUCCAAAAAACCCAAAGAAAAAUCGCUUUUCUCCUCUGUCUCCUCUCUCUCCUCGCCGGCGUUGCGGUGGCUAUCUUGCCGGCGUUCGCUUGUUCCUCUCAAUUCGUCAGAUUCUCGGUUCUCUGAUUCUACGGCGGAGAGGGAGGGCGAUAGUGGGAAAGAUUCUUUACUAUUUAGGGAAGAAUGGGGAGAUUGCAGCUGAACUUGACGACGACCAUGGAGAUGGGAGUUACGGCGACCAGCUGGUGGAAUGACAUCAACGAAUCUACUUUUUGGCAGGAUCGGAUUUUCUACUCUCUUUGUGCUGUAUAUGCGCUAGUCUCCGCCGUUGCUUUGAUUCAACUGAUAAGGAUCGAAUUGAGAGUUCCGGAAUAUGGCUGGACAACACAGAAAGUUUUCCAUCUCAUGAAUUUCAUUGUCAAUGGAGUACGUGCAAUUGUGUUUGGGCUCCACAAUCAAGUGUUUCUUUUGCAACCAAAGGUUUUUCUAUUGUUAUUAUUGGAACUUCCUGGGCUUCUUUUUUUCUCAACGUACACACUCCUGGUCCUCUUCUGGGCAGAGAUAUACCACCAGGCAAGAAGUCUGCCAACAGAUAAACUAAGAACAGUUUACAUUUCAAUCAACAGUGUGAUAUAUCUCAUACAGGUUUGCAUUUGGAUAUACAUCGGAGUGAAUGACAACAGUGUGGUAGAAUUCAUCGGAAAAAUUUUCAUUGCAGUGGUAUCGUUCAUAGCUGCAUUAGGCUUCUUGAUAUAUGGUGGAAGAUUGUUUUUCAUGCUUAGACGUUUUCCAAUUGAAUCUAAAGGGAGAAGGAAGAAACUUCAUGAGGUUGGAUCUGUAACUGCCAUAUGCUUUACUUGCUUCCUCAUUCGAUGCUUUGUGGUUGCUUUAUCCGCUUUUGACGCAGAUGCAUCACUUGAUGUUUUAGAUCACCCUCUUCUGAAUUUCAUCUACUACUUGUUGGUCGAAAUUCUUCCUUCAGCAUUAGUUCUUUACAUAUUACGCAAAUUGCCUCCUAAGAGAAUAUCAGCUCAGUACCACCCCAUUCGCUAGUCAAUGUGCAUUACAUUCUGUACACUUCUUCACCUCCUUGGGGUUGGUUUUUUCAAUUAUCUGGAGUAGUGGAUUCUUACCUAACUGGAAGAAAAAAGUACGUAAAUGUGGCAUUCUGCUGUGGCAUGUAAUGCCAAAGAUAGUCCCAGCUGUUUGCUGCUAGCUGAGAGCAAUUAUGAAACUCUUCUUUCGGUGUUGUCUGAUUUGUGAACAACUCAUUCUGUUUGGUCUAAUUGUGCAAAGAUAGAUUCUGUAAGAUGAAGUAUUGUGUGUUUUGAUGAGUAUCACAGUGUUGAGGACUCGAAGAACUGCUUGUAAUUUAUUUUUGCUUAUCGAUGCUAUUGUUUGUGAUUUUGGUUA